UAUCAUAAAUAUUUUCAGUGAUUCCUCGUUCUGGGUGUGUUUAUUAUGUAUUAAUCAACGCCAUUAUGGCGACAUUCGGUACUGGGGGAAAAGGUCACGCUGGAAACUGAGUCUUCCUAAACCAACAGAAGUUACACGUUUAAAAUGAAACGAGGUUCACUCCACGCAAACGUGGUGGACUCGCCUGUGGCAGACCAAGGAAAAAAAGACUGGAUAUUGGAGCCCCUCUCCUUGCCAGAGUCUCCAUGUUGCAAUUCUGAUGGAUUCACUUCCCUGACAUUACCUUGCAUAUUUUGUGAAGUUGGUUAUCCUGCAGAAGAUCAAGAAAACCUGCUCAGACAUAUGAUUGUUGAACAUAAGCUGGUGAUAGCUGAUGUGAAGCUCAUUGUUGAUUUCAAGAGGUACAUUUUGUAUUGGAAGAAAAGGUUUAUUGAGCAACCAAUAACAGAUUUUUGUACAGUAAUAAGAACUAAUGCCCAAGGUCCUGAAGAGAACCAAGUGGAAUAUUACCUUCUCUGUGAUGUUUUACCUGAAGACAGAGUGCUUAGAGAGCAGCUUCAGCAAAAAAGACUAGAAGAGGUUUUGGAACAGCAACAACAGGAAAGGAAUGACAGCAACUUUGCUCGUAUCUGUAUGUUUUGUAAUGAAGAAUUUGCAGGAAACAGGGCUGUUCUGUUUAACCACAUGGCUAAAGAUCACUCUUUCAACGUGGGCUUACCAGACAAUAUUGUGUACUGCAAUGAAUUCCUGGAUUUGGUGCAGAAGAAAAUGGAUAAAUUCAAAGACUCUGUUUCAGCUCGUUCCAAGGAAGGAAAUCCCAAGAACCCACAACCUCUGUGA